GCGCUGCCGCAGGAGACACCAUUCACUGGACGUUGUGGCCGGUGGCGGCGAGACGAAGAGGCAUCCUCCGUUCGGAUACCCUCGUCCGUACACCGACACGACGCUGAAACGGCUAGUUUUAGCCGCGCUCUUACGUGUCGUCCUGCCGGCGGGAAGCCGCGAGGAAAUCUGAGAUGUCUGGUCUUGCCAGCAGCCGCUUCAUGUAUUUCGCUUUCGGGAGCAACUUGUUAAAGGAAAGACUACAACUGGCGAACCCCUCUGCGACAUUUUGCACUACCGGUCGCCUGAAGGAUUAUGAGUUGAACUUUGGCCUGUGGGAGAAACAUGUGGACAACGCAUGGCAUGGUGGAGUAGCCACCAUUGAGUUCUGUCCAGGUGCAGAAGUGUGGGGGGUAAUAUGGACUUUGAGCAAUGACAACCUCACAAGCCUAGACAACCAAGAAGGGGUGAGCCUCGGGAUGUACUCACCCCUGGAGGUUUCAGUGGAGACUGACAAAGGACCGAUGCUCUGCAGGACUUACCAGAUGAACAAUUUCCACGCCUGUCCUCCCUCUCCUCAGUACAAACAGGUGGUGUGUCUGGGUGCGGAGCAGAACGGCCUCCCUAUGGAGUACCUCAAGAGGCUGGAGGACAUUCAAACCAACAACUACAGUGGCCCCUCGAUCCUUGAUCAAAUCAGAACAGCUAUGAAAUAAGAGUUUAAAAGUUCAUUCUUGAACUUGGAAACAGCAGUCGACUAAAACAACCUCACCACAGGGUCCAAUAUAGUGGAUGUCCUGAGAACACGAAGAACAGAACAGAAAACAAAGGAGAAUACAGAAGAGCUAACGAGUGGACCUUUGGCCUCAAGGUCCACUUACUAGCAGUUUCUAGGUACUUCAAUCAAAUUUCACUGUCUUCAUCAUGACCUUCAUCCUGUCGUAUGUAAUAGUGAAGUGUUAAUGGUGGAAUAAUUAAAUGACGGUACUGUAAUAUGUAAUAGUUAUGAUGAAGACUGUAAGAUUCAGUUAACAGAAUGUUAAGCUAGUAAGUGAACCUUGCUUUAACUAUUUCUUAGGUCCAAUCUUAACAGUUAUUGAGAAUUGGCACCACUGUGUGGCCAGAAGUAAAUAAUGCACGCUCUUAAUAAUGAGAUAUUUGGCUGGGCCCAACACAAACCUUAUCUUUCAUUUCCAACUGCUCUCCAGCAGUUGAUUUGAGAUGUAUCGUGACAAAUGUAUUUAAUUUUAUAGCCAUCACAAUGGAAAAACUCAAACGUAUGUGGUAGGCAGAAAAAUGUUUAACUUCAAUAUUUCUCAGGGGAAUAUUAAACACAGAUGAAAAACCUAUCACUCUUGUCAACCUUUUAUUGCA